GAGGAGUUGCGACGAAGAGGGAAGAGAAGUGAACAAGGCGAGGAAGAUAGCUAGGAAGGUGGGUUUUAAAACCAGUACAAAAGUUCGUGUUCAUUCAAUUUUGAUAAUUGUGUGACGUCUUAUGGGUGUAACGUGUAUUGCGGUUAAGAAGAAUUGUGAAGGAUUCACACUGAAACAGUGAAUGAACGACAGGGCAUAACGCCCUAAUUUCGUUCAGCAACGUUUGGGAUUACAAUCACUUCCUACCGCUUGGAAAUCAGUAUCUGGCAAUAGCACAGCCUCUGUCGAUAGGCCGAGACACGACCACACUCCGGAUUUGCUACGAAAAGACAAAGUGUGUAUGGAGCACUGUGAGAAUGCGGCGUCUCUCCUGGCCUCCGUGCGGGAGCAGGAGAUGCAGUUUGAGCGUCUGACUCGGGCUCUGGAGGAGGAGAGGAGGAGCGUGGGACCACCGGGUACCCUCCCCCGCCCCCUCCCCACCCUGCAGAACGGGCGUGUCCCUGGUGAUGCGGAGCUAGAGCGACUCAAACUGAGCGAGGGAUAUAUCAACGGGACACAGUACAGGAUGUUAGACCCAGGUCAUGUUGUCGAGUCGGUCACCGUAGAGGAGGACCCACAUGAGGCUCCCUCUGUCGUCUCUGUGGAGACCAGUGACGACGGAACCACACGCAGGACCGAGACCACGGUCAAGAAAGUCACCAAGACCACCACCACACGCACAGUCAUCCCAUCUAUGUCCGACACAAUGUCCCUGGAUGGGAGCAACUCUGUGACGGGGGGCAUGGGCUACGGCGCCCCCAUGUACCGCCAGCCAGGGGGUCCGGCGGACUACCCCACCGCCACCGUGCCCCGGAACUACCACUACGGCCCGCCCGCCGGCUACGAUGCCUACGGCGGAGGCCCACCCUCCGACACCUACACCAGCCUCAGCCGCGGCAUGCGCAUGGACCCCAACUACAGACCGGAGGGUUACCGCACACUGGACCCCAGCUACAGAGCACACAGCCGGAACCAGCUGGACCCGUACGCGGCGCAGCCCCAGGUGGGCCGCAUGGGCAGUGCCCUGGAGCUGUCGGGCAUGCAGCGCUUCGUGCCCGACCCCUACGGCCUGGAGGACGACCAGCGCAGCCUCGGCUACGACGACGCCGACUACGGCAUGGGCCACCCCACCAUGCACUACAGCACCAUGCCCCGCCUGGCACACGGCAUGCCCAUGCACGCCCCACCACCACGCCGGACCGGGAGCUAUGAGGGCAUCCUGGACGGGGACAUGAGUGGCGCGGGGGACUACUACUGGGGCGGGGGCGCACCCCUGGCCUCGGGAGAGAGGGGCAGCAUGGCCUCCCUGGACAGCACACUCAACAAGCCCAAGGCCUGGAGGCAGCCCGAGCUGCCCGAGGUCAUCGCCAUGCUCAACUACCGCCUGGACCCCGUCAAGAGCAACGCCGCCGCAUACCUGCAGCACCUUACCUUCAAGAACGACAAGGUAAAGUCGGAGGUACGUCGCCUGAAGGGCAUCCCUGCCCUGGUGUCCAUGCUGGACAACCCAAAGAAGGAGGUGCACCACGCGGCUUGCGGAGCGCUCAAGAACAUCUCCUACGGCCGAGACCCCGACAACAAGAUCGCCAUCAAGAACUGCGACGGCAUCCCCGCGCUUGUGCGACUGCUGCGCAAGACCCGCGACCAAGACCUCACAGAUACCAUCACAGGCACCCUGUGGAAUCUGUCGUCUCAUGACUCUGUGAAGAUGGAGAUCGUGGACCACGCACUGCACGCGCUCUCAGACGAGGUCAUGGUAGCCCACUCGGGCUGGGAGAGGGGCAGCGGCGGAGGGGGCGGCGAGGAGAACUGCAAGCCCAGACACCUGGAAUGGGAGACGGCCCUCACCAACACAGCUGGCUGUCUGAGGAACGUGAGCUCUGAGCGCAGUGAGGCCAGGAGGAAGCUGCGAGAGUGCACUGGAUUGGUCGAUUCUCUCAUGUACAUUGUCCAAUCACAGAUCGACUGCAAAUCCGUGGAUAACAAGCUGAUAGAGAACAGCGUGUGUCUGCUGAGAAACCUGUCCUACCAGGUACACAAAGAGGUGCCCAACUGCGAACGCUACCAGGAGGCCGUGCCAGUCAACCAAGGGCCCGUCCCUGCACAGAAGACUGGCUGCUUCAGCUCCCGCAAAGGCAAAGACGAGUGGUUUUCCAAAGGGCGGAAGGAUGAUGAUGGAACUGCUGACGUUAUUGAGAUUCCAAAGAGGACCACACCUGCUCAAGGUUAUGAGCUGUUGUACCAGCCAGAAGUGGUGCGUAUCUACACCUCCCUCCUGAAGGAGAGCAAGAACCCCUCCGUUCUGGAGGCCGCGGCCGGAGCUGUACAGAACCUGUGUGCUGGACGCUGGAGUUAUGGGCGGUAUAUCCGGGCGGUGAUGCGACAGGAGAAGGGGCUGCCCAUCAUGACGGAACUCCUGGCGCACGGCAACGACCGCGUCGUGCGGGCGAUGUCCGGAGCGCUACGCAACCUGGCCAUUGACGCACGCAACCGCGACCUGCUCGGCAAGCACGCGGUGCCUCACCUGGUGUCCAACCUGCCGGGCGGUGGCCAGAGCCAGCCGGUGCGCGGGCUGACGGAGGAGACGGUGGUGUCGGUGCUGAGCACGAUGGCCGAGGUGGUGGGCUCCAGCGUCGACGCCGCCAAGUCGCUCCGGGCCUCGCAGGGCAUCGAGAGGCUCGUGCUCAUCAACAAGGACGGGAGCCGUUCGGACCGUGAGGUGCGUGGCGCAGGCCUGGUUCUGCAGAUCGUGUGGGGCUUCAAGGAGCUGCGGCGCACGCUGGAGAAGGACGGCUGGAAGAAGCCCGACUUCAUGGUGAACCUCAACCCGCCCGCCACCACGCGCAGCAACGGAGGAUACGAGGAGAGCACGCUCCCUCUCAUCGACAGGGGAGGCAAGCAAGACCGGGAGAGGGAUAUGAUUCCACUGAAUGACAUGGGACCAGACGCUUACUCUACACUGGACCAGAGAGGGAGGAGAAACACUUUGGACAAUGCCCUAGACACAGACAGAGAUACUGCACAGAAAAACUGAUUGUCUGCAUUACUCAAGGAGAGCGUCCACCUCCUGCCUACUGCCCCUGCUGAGCUCGUGGGACUCUACAGGGGGCAACAACAACAACCAGUUAUGAAUCGAGACAAGACACUCACACUCUUUUCUUCUCCGUCUCUCUCUUUCUCUCCAUCUAUUUCAAAUACCGAUAAACAAAACAACAACAAAAAAAAGUUCUUACUGACAGCUUUGAGGACCACUGCGUCUGUGUGUGUGUGACGCGAAACACUAGAAAAACUUUGCUGUUUGAAACCCCCUGAAACACACACAUGCAUACAUGCACACCGAGCCCCUUCCCUUCCUCUCUGACCAUGGACCGAACUCCAGAUGACUAGUUAAGGACUAACUAACCACGACACUGAGGACAUGGAGGCCCUGACUUCUCCAAAACAUUUUGCCCCCCCCAAAACCUCUCCACCGCUCCUGACUGCUAUAUAAGUUUGUUUUCCAACAAGCUGGCCAUGAAAUUAUAAAUAGUCACUCACAACCACUCUCUAAGCCCCUGUCCCCCACUACCUCCCUUAGUGAUGCCACUCGACUCUUCCUCGCGGACGGCCCUCUUCACGAAGAGGGGGGUGGUCAUGUGACACUGCUGAUUCACAGCCUGAGCUCCACUACGAUGACACUUGACUGAGCUGUGAUGAAUCAUGAUCAACCUCGAUCAAACUGACCAGUACCACUACAGAGAUCCACGCCCACACCUCGCCACAAAGAGACUCUUCCGUAUUGUGAAAAUAAGUUGACUUUAUAGAACUUCUACUACUACUACCCCCUUUUUCCUUUCAUUUUUUAUUUCAUUUUAUGUCAGUUUGUCCUGUUGGUGAUUGGGAGAGUCAUUAGAAACCUGAUACAGUAUGUAUUGAUUAGUUGUAUAGUUAACUGUGUAUUGAUUUUUCAUCCAUAAGUGACUUAACGAGUCACACCGAUGACUGGCUUUGUGCCAAAGGCUAUCUAUCAUUAUUAGGCGCUUGUUCGAAAUACUGUACAUAGAUCACUGGCAAAGCAGAGUACAUGUUUCCACACUACAUUACGUAUAUAUAAAUUUAUGUAUACUGGGAGAGAAAAAAAAACAUAGGCUGAGGGAUUAUUUUAGUCUGUGCCCCCCAAUUAUGUCCAGAUGACCACUGCAACCCAUUCCCACCUCGUAACUGGUUUACUGAUUGCUGAUAGCUGUUAUCAUGGAGAUGCCUGUAGAGUUCUGCACCACAGAACUAACAUUCCAUUGUCUCCAGGGAGGCCAUGGCAGAAGGGCAUCAUGGGAGAGAAGGGGAGGCGCCGGGAGAGAAAAAGAGUCAAUGCUGAGGAUUUACAGGCAAUCUGGGCAGCGGACGGCUGCAUUGACGAUGCGGGAGUUCAGUUUUUCUUAAGUGGUUCUGUCUUAUGCAAGGGCAAACAGCAGAUUUGAUUGUUGACCCUGUAUGCUCUCUGUUCCAAAGUCUGAAUAUACAUGAAUGUGUAAAUAUGUGACCGCAUCCAACAAUCCGCUGUAAAGUCUUUGAGUGCCUCACUCACGGAUAGUGUUUGUGUGCGCGCGCGUGUGUCUGUGUGUGCAUCUGAGAGUGUGAUGGCACACACACUUUCUGUGUGUGUGAGAGCGUAUGUUUGUGUAUGCGUGAGGGUUUUCUGAAGGGCAUGUCAGGGGUGCUUUACAACUGCUCCUAAUGUGUGGUUUUGCUUGCGUUCUGUGUCUUCAGUAGCCAUUUUUGUUUGUUUUGGACUGGCUGGCGGUUUUCAGACGCGGGGUGAGACCCGCUCGUUUCUGGAGGUCCUAGAAAUACAGUGCUUGUUCCGUAGAACUGCGUAUUCCAAAUGCACAGUAACAAGGUCUGGUGUAGAUAAUUGUUGAAUGGAUACUAUAGCACUAGGAGUUGGGGAAUAUUUUACUGUUUUGUUUUAACCCUUUUUAUGUUUUUUUUUUCCAAUUGUUCUAAAAGAAAAAGAAAAUGUCAUGUUUUUAAGUCAUUUUUGUAUUUAACACUAGUCAUUCGACCCACAUAGAGCAAGCAAGCAAGCUAGCUAGCUGUGACAGGAUGUACCACCGAAAAGUGAAAGUGGAAUGUAGAAAGGUCCACUAGCAGAGUGACACUGGGUGUGGAGAGGGGGAGGGGGAGGAAUAUGACGGCGAAUGCAAUAACACUCAGUCCUACGGAGGCAAUGGAAGAUGAGGUUUUUGAUUCUAGCUUGGUAUUUAGAUUAAAAAAUAAAAGCACAUUUAACUAUAUAUACAAGAGAAUAUUUGUUAAGUUUAAUUAUUUUCCUCUUGGUUUUAUGUCCUUUUUUCUUUUUAUAUUACGGGGUUUUAUUUCUGAGGGUGCUGUGGGUGUUGCAUAUGCAAUCAGUUUUAUUUUUUAAUUAAAUGCAUUUAUGAUUUAUAUCUUUUAAUUAAAGACAAAACCAACAAAAAACUCAUGUCACCUUUUGUCAGUCCUUAUUGCUCUAAUUCUGCAACACUAAUCUGAAGAUGAUUCCAGAGGAAGACUGUAAUCUAUGUUUGCCUUGGCUCUUAAAGUUGCACCUUUCUUUCAAGAAUGGAACAUGUAACUAGCAAUACUGUUUUUAAUAAAAGAAUGAUUUUUUUCAACAA